CUGCAGUUUUUUAUUCGAAAAUGAUCGUCCUCCUCGCCAAAUAACCUUCAGUCCAUCUUCAUAGCCAUAGACGACAACGGAAGAGCCGUUGGGGGCGGGGAUCGGGUAGCCUUGAGCGGUGUAUACACGAUGAGGAAGCUGGAAGCUAGAUUAAGAGACACGUUAGCCAGAGUUACGAGCAUCAGGCGAAUAUUUAGUACGGACCUCAGCUGUAAACCAUCAUCCCUCGCUCUGACGAGUGGACGAGAGGGAAAGGAAGGCAUUGUGCCCAAUACUUAAUCAAUCACCCGGUUCGUUGAAUGAACCAAGGGCAACGUCGGGUUACACGGGUAUCACGAGAAUAAUCGGGAGUGAGGGAUAUUCUCGAUUAUAAUAACGGGAAAGUUCAAUGUUGCAAGAAAGAGAGAGCGCGUUCAGAUGAGAAGGGGGAGAGAACGGUGUUUGGCACAGUGUUGUUGGGGAGAAAGAAAAAUGCCGCCGAGCGUCUUCUGUAUUUACUACGGACUUCAGUGACCGCGUCCACCGCGUCAGUUGCAGAGCUCAAACUCCAGCUUCCCAGCACGACCAUUCCUUCAUUUCUCUGAUAAUUCUUCUCUCAAGCUUGCCGCCAGUACUUUCUUUUACUACUGGUCUCGUCUUCUCCCGGAUCAUUCGGAUCGAACCGACGAUGGCGUCUACUGCCCGACGGCUUUCUCCCCGCAAUACAUGAACGCCGCCUCUAAAAUGUCUACGGUGCGGUCUCUCGGCCUGCACGAUUCCUCGGCCAUUUCUUUCCUUAUCGCGGAGGAUCUGCUACCCGCAGAGCCGUCAGAGGAACUCUACUCCUGGACGACGUCCAUCAACAAUGGCCCGAACGGCCCGGUGGAAGAUGAGUUGGUAUGGACAAAAAGCUGCGUGGUCUGGACUCGGGCGGGCGUGAUCAAAAGGGUCUUCCGACUUGACUUCGAGAAGGAGGACAUCAAGUAUGCCUUGUUGACGAAUUUCGCCGUGAAUAAUGUGAAACGAACUAGUGACUUAUCGUCUCUCGCAAUACCGCAGACCACGAGCCAACAAUCAAAUCGACCCAGCGGUUCAGAGUCACUAGACGGGAAAGAGUCAAGGAGAAGUUCAACCAGCAAGCACUCCUCACGAGCCGUAGUUGUCGUUCUCAAAACACAAGCUCAUAUCUUCUUCCUGGAGGGCAACAGCCAUGUCGUUCCUCUGCCAUUCGAGGUUGACUCCGUGUUUGCGACACCUCGCGGUUUACUGUUUCAGAGGAAAGUCGCGGACGAAAGUAAUACUAGCUCUUAUCCAAUGGUGCCACCGAAUUCUUUCAUGUCGUUCUCCCAGGACUUCUGCGCUUCUCAGUUCCUCGACUAUACUUCCGGCAAGGUGCAACGACCAUCACUGAGCACUAUUCCAGCUCAGAGUCCUAGCUGGAAAUCCCGACCAAACAAGCGCGCAGAUCUACCUAGAGUAUUCUCUCUUAUGGAUCCCCAUUCAGAGAUGGGCCUAGUGGUGACUAACCAGGCUUCUCGAUGGUUACACACAAGCUUGUCGGGCAGACCUUCUGGAUUUGAUGUCCUCGAUCCCGCAGACGAGAUAGUCUACGUCUCUCCCCGAGAUGAACUAGCGGGAACAUUUCGAGCCGAUCCAAAAAGUCCUCUUAUACUCGUGUUGACCGUCAAUACGAUUACGGGCUUAUAUACGCUCUGGACAGCGCGGUACCGAGACAAUGAGAGUAUCCCAUCACACAGAAAGAAAAAGCGUCGUGAUACUGGUGGCACACGGUCUAAAAGACGAAGUUCUCAUUUUGGAAUGGCCACAGGAACAACUACGCCCGGUGCGCGCCCCUCUGCUGGAAGAGAGAGUUUCGGUCCGAGAGGUGACAAUUGGAACGCAUCUGUCAUGUCUCAUUCGCAAUACUCCACCGAGGGAAGACCUGAUGAUGACGAGGAUGAUUUCGCUUCUAAGUUGGGUCAGGACUUUGGCGAAAUUGGUGUUCCCUCGAAGACUUCUAGGCGAGUUAGCUCAAUGCUAGCUCGUGCAGACCUAGCAACCAGUCAAGAUAGGAUUACAUUCUCUGAUCUGGUCACGGGAAGCCAGUCGAGCACAAUCCAUCCAGGAGGCUUGCGACAAUCAAUAGGAGCAGGCAGCACUCGCGGCAGCUUUGGCUUCAACCCAAGGAGUUCCUUACCCCCUGGAGCAGGUUCCAUUUACAGUACCACAAGCAGUUUUGUGGACCCUCCUGUGGACAAACUGCUCGAGGAAUUGAACAACGAAAGUUUGUUCGAGGGGAUCGAAAACAUGGACCUCAAGGAAUCCGCCGCGGGUCUUCCAGAAGAGGUCUUUUUGUCCAAGGUCGAAAGCUUUUCUUCAAAGUUCUCAGGGAGUUUCCUAGCCCCUUCAAAAAUAAAAUCGUCCAAGAGGUUGAAAGUGGUCACACUAUGUCCAACAGACUACGCUUCCUCCCACGUCGGAGAGUCAACCUCAAUGGCUCUUUAUCUGGUAGAUCAAGAGGCAAAAUCAUUGACCGUGGUCAAUAUACGAGUGGAGAGCGUCAAAAAGCCGGCCAAAGAUGUGGUAUUUUUAAAGCGGUCGAAGAAUAAGGCAACCUCCGAUGAACGCGCUCUUCUAGUACAAGCGUCCGGCAUUCAGCAUGUUUCCGGGACAUUAGAUGUUUGCAAGGUGGUCGAUGGAGGCCUUUCGCGGAUUAUCACCCUCAGCGUCAACGACGCCGGGGCCACGGUCCUGCAUUUGCAGAUGCCAUGGAACGAUCCUAUAAUCAUCGAAUUACCUUCUAAAUUCAUGUUACAUGAGAUGGAUGCGCUUUCCUCAAUCAUGACUGUCAAUACGUCGAGAGAGGGGAGCGUGAACCGUGUUAUGGCUGAUUUUUCAAUGACGAUGACCGGCCUGGACCAUCCCGCCGUUGACGGCAAGUUCGACGUAGUUGACUCGGCGAAGCGAAGACAUAAACUUCAGCUUUGUAUGGAACCUACAAAUCCCCUCGUACGAAGAGCGUUUGGUGUGUGCAGAUUCGCUUUAUGUGGCUACUUCCCUGAUAAAGUGGCAGACGGCCUGUUGAUGGGCUGGUGGAAAACCUUGAAAUGGCUUCAGGAACGAGAAGUAUGCGAAAAUGACCUUGAGUGGACUGCUCUAGUGGUUACUCUAUUUGCGCAGGCUAUCCCAUUCAUUGAGGGUGAUCAAUCCGGUGGGACGACCAGACUAACUCGCAGAAAAAGAGGUCUAUUACGGUCAAGCAGUGGUAGCUAUGUGGACACAGAGAGUUGGGAAUCAAUGUUGGAACAAGAAUCCGGAUCUGCUGGAGUAGUAGCCUCUUGGAUGAACACAGCUUCCUGGGGGUGGGUUGUCGAGCAGGAUGCCGAAGACGAAAGCACGGCAAGCUACGGGAGAAAGCCUAACAAAGAACCGUUGUCUUCUAGUCGGUCAACUUGCCGCAAAAACACCUAUCUUCUCCGAUGCGCUACGCUGACCAGGGAAUUUUUGCGAACACCACAAGGUAUUGCGGCUGUCGGUUGUGAUGGCCACCUUCGCAAAGCUCUCUCCAAUAGCGAACAUUCAAUACACACUCCUCUAUGUACCAUUCUAGUCGCUUUGCACCUUCUCCGGGAAGAGCAGAAGCUAUCAGCUUGCGACGAAGAACAGUCACACAAAACCUUAGGUCUUCUUGCCCCAGUUCUAGCACAACUGGGCGGAUGGCUUGGAUGGCCGUCCUGGAAUUGGGCUGAGGAUUCCUACUAUGGCAGUGAAAUCGCUAGCAUAAACCGAUGGCAGUUUGAAAAUACUCGUAUGGCGGGUCCAGAUCUCCCUGCUGAACCACUUCCACCUCCUUCCAUUUUCGCGUACUUGGAAAAGGCCUGGCGUGGAGAGUCUUGUCAAUUCUGGACUUUGCUCAAUCUUGUCAACUUCGAUGGUCACCCAAGGAGAGGAAGGUUGUGGCAGUGGUGUUCCACCCUGACUCCUCGGACUUUGGCCCUUGAAGGCUUCGUUAGCGAAAUGCGCCACAAAUUAAGCGUUCUUGAACGAAUACAACUUCUUCAUCGCUGGGGAUUGACGCGCAGUGUCAUUGAGACCUUCCCAGCUGGCAUUAGCACGCCAUUAUACGAGGCCAUUAUAGAAUCGCAGACGCAUGCUUCGACUUCAUGGAGCUCAUCAUUCUUGGGACUGAUUGAUCGAGACGACCUCAAUAUUUCAAGCCAAUCAAGCACUACUCGGCCCCCACCACCCUUGUCCCUGAAUGUCUCCCACGAUGCUAUACGCGACUACCACCAAAUCAGCAAUUCUACCCUGGAUAUCGAUGCAAUAAACUCCUUUGAGGCUUCUGCUGAAGCUGAUCGCUUCUCUGUAACAAGACUGAUCUUCCGCGAAGACAAGCGCUUUAUUGAAGCAGCGCGAUUGCUGAAUCAAUCCAAAGCCCCUGCCGCAGAGUGCCACCCAGAACCUGAGUGGACUGACUCAGAUCUUCUCGAAGCGCAGAAAGAAGUGGUACAAUUAGUUACAUUGCGGACGUUAUCCAUCCCCACUGGACGGGCCAUGCUCGCCUUUAGCGGCCGUCUUCCUCUCCUGACCGAGAAGCUCCCCAUCCCCUCGUUCUCGUUGCAGUGCGUGAUGAAACCUUCCAAUGUCACUAUAAGCGCAGACAGAGCUUCUUUCCAUGAGGAAAAAAUUUGCUGGGCUUUCUUUCAUAACGGCGUAUCAACUGGUCUAGCUAUAUCAAAAAAUUCCAAGGGGAUUGACACCUCCUGGAUUCUCUUUAACAAGCCCCAGGAGUUGACAAACCGGCAUGCCGGUUUCUUGCUAGCACUGGGUCUUAACGGGCACUUGAGAUCUCUUGCCAAAUGGGUCGCUUUCAAAUACCUAACACCCAAACACACGAUGACUUCGAUCGGUCUAUUACUUGGUCUAUCAGCGUCCUACCUCGGUACAAUGGAUACUCUGGUCACCCGACUGCUGUCCGUACACGUAACCAGGAUGCUCCCUAUGGGAGCGGCAGAGCUUAACCUGUCUCCGCUGACGCAGACCGCGGGAAUUAUGGGCAUUGGUCUCUUGUAUUGCAAUUCUCAACACCGACGAAUGAGUGAAGUUAUGCUCUCGGAGAUUGAGAACGCGGAUCAGGAGGAAGGCUCUGCCACCAACGACUAUCUACGUAAUGAAGGAUAUCGUCUAGCUGCAGGAUUUGCGCUUGGAUUCAUCAACCUCGGCAAAGGCAAGGAUCUGAAGGGAAUGCGGGAUAUGCAUAUAGUUGAGAGAUUGCUCGCCGUCGCCGUGGGUACUAAAAACGUUGACCUAGCCCAUGUCCUUGACCGGGCAACGGCUGGAGCGACAAUUGCUCUAGCAAUCAUCUUCAUGAAGACUAACGAUGAGACCCUGGCACAAAAGGUAGACAUUCCUGACACCACGGUUCGGUUUGACUAUGUGCGGCCGGAUCUUUUCCUCCUCCGCACUCUCGCGCGGCACAUCAUCAUGUGGGAUCGUAUCCAGGCCUGUGACGAAUGGUUUAUAGGGAGUCUCCCGGAGAACAUCAUUGCCGGCCUUUGUUUCGCCCUUGGGCUUCGCUUCGCUGGCUCACCGGACCCAACAGUCCGCGAUAUCCUCCUUUCUUACCUUGACCAGUUCAUCCGCAUUUCUCGGCUGCCGGCACCCAAUUAUGAUGCAAGGCUGGCGCGUAACUCCGUUCGUCAUUGCCAAGAUGUCGUCGCGUUGUCCUUAGCCGCCGUCAUGGCAGGAACUGGUGACCUGGCUCUGUUCCGGCGCCUGCGCUCUCUUCACGGUCGUGUGGACCCUGAUACACCAUACGGAAGUCACAUGGCUGCUCACAUGGCUAUUGGGAUGUUAUUCUUGGGCGGAGGGAGCUAUACAUUAGGCACUUCCAACCUUGCAGUUGCCUCACUAAUCUGCUCCCUCUAUCCCAUUUUUCCAACAACGGUUCUUGACAACGAAUGCCAUUUGCAAGCAUUCCGUCACUUAUGGGUCCUUGCCGCAGAACCACGCUGCAUUGUCCCCCGGGACCUUGAUUCCAGACGACCAAUUUCAAUGCCAAUAACCGUAACAGACUCCGAUGGUGUCAGCGGCACUUUGACUGCCCCCUGCUUACUUCCUGACCUUAAUCGCAUAGCAAAGGUUGAAGUUCUCAGUCCUGAUUACUGGCCCUUGGUCCUAGAUUUUGACUCCAACCCGGGAGUGCGCGAGAAAUUCCAGCAGGGCGACCAAUCCAUUUACCUACGACGCAAAGCAACCUACAAUCCAACAGGCUCAUCCUUCUUCUCUUCCACACUGGCCGGGCUAAGCAGCGCGCAAGACAUCCUCCCAUCAGCUUCGACCUCGGCUUCCAACCAGGGCAAGGGUCUAUCGCCAUCCGCCCUCCCGAACGUCUCCGCGCUCCUUUCCAAAGAAUCCCACAGAUUUACACCAAAACCUGCAGCACAAAGCAUUUGGGACUGGAUCUUCCAGUUAGAUUCUUUGCAUGGCAUCCUAGACGCGCGUGAGAAGGAGCUCGUCCUCCCAUCCUCAUUCCCGGCACGACCACGUCCGUCUUCCACGCCCCACGAUGCGCCCUGGCUCCGUCAAUCCGCUGUGGAUAGCAAGCUUCUUGCCGAAAGCAUCGCGCAAAACGUUAUACAAUCGGCCACCGGCCGCGGCGGUAACCCGGACGAAGUACGAGACCGGCUUUGGCAGCUGAGGCUGCUUUUCGCUUGGAUUGAUGCUGGCUCUUCCUUCCCGUCUGAGAGCGACGAGGAGAAGCGGGACAGACAGGAAACUGGAUCCAUGCCUUCAAGCGGGCACUGGCUAAGGAGGGACUAUGUUGAGGACUUGAGGUGGAAGAUUUGGGGCGUUCAGGCUAGGGGUUCUGAAGGCUCUUAG